UGGGUCAGAGGAAUCACCUGAGGCAUUUAUUAAGCAUUCAGACUUCUGUAUUCAUUUGGGUGUUUUAAACCUCCUUAGAGGGCCAUAUAAAAUGAUCAGUCAAAGCAGGCAGCUGAAAGCCAACAAGAAACAUGCAAGAUUAACAUGGCAUGUAUCAAAUGACUUUAUGGGGCUUCUUUGGGCCAGGCUUUUCCUGCCUCUGCUAGAGAUUGACUCAGAGGGCUGAGUAGAGCCUUGGAAUCUGGAUGUUUAUCAAGUCCUUGUGUGCUUCUUAGAAUCCUGAGUUUAGGAAAUGGCUAACGCCUUACAUUCCAACAGAGGUAAGGGUUUAUUUGAUCUGGGAGCUGUUUUAGGGUGGAUUCUUAAAAUCUUGUGUUUGACUUUCCUCUAGCCAUGGAUGCAUCAUAUGAUGGUACUGAGGUAACUGUCCUGAUGGAGGAAAUUGAGGAAGCCUACUGUUAUACUUCCCCUGGACCACCCAAGAAGAAGAAGAAAUACAAAAUACAUGGAGAAAAGGCCAAGAAACCUAGAUCUGCUUAUCUUCUCUACUACUAUGACAUCUACCUGAAAGUGCAGCAAGAGCUCCCCCACCUCCCACAGUCUGAGAUCAAUAAAAAGAUUAGUGAGAGUUGGAGGCUUCUCAGCGUGGCCGAGAGGAGUUACUACUUGGAGAAAGCCAAACUAGAGAAAGAAGGUUUGGAUCCUAACUCUAAGCUCUCUGCACUGACUGCUGUGGUUCCAGACAUCCCGGGUUUCCGCAAGAUCCUACCCCGCUCAGAUUACAUCAUCAUCCCCAAGAGCAGCCUACAGGAGGACCGGAGCUGCCCUCAGAUAGAGCUGUGUAUGGCUCAGAACCAGCUAUCCCCGAAAGGACUUCCUCUGGUGUCCAGCACCGUCCCUGAGGCAGUGUCCAGCCAUGCAAGUGUGGCAGAGCCGUGCUUGGCAGGGGAGGCCCUGUCUGAGGAGGUGGGGGCCCUGGCUCAGCCAGGCAGCGUGCAGGAGAUUGCCACCCCCGAGAUCCUCAGCCCGGAUAUGCUUCUGGAGGAAGCUUCCUUGGAGGUAGGGGAGAGUCACCAGCCUUACCAGACAAGCUUGGUCAUUGAAGAGGCCCUAUUGAACGGCUCGCCAGACUUCUCCCCUGGAAGCCUGGCUAUGCCUCACCCCCAGCUUGGGGAGGGCGUGUCAGUGGUCACAGUUAUGAGGGAUUCCAGUGAAGGUAGCUCCUCUGCCCCAGCUGCUCAGUUCAUCAUGGUGCCUCUACCCGCCUACUCGGUUGUGGAGAAUCCCACCUCUAUCAAACUGACCACUACAUAUACCCGCCGGGGCCAUGGGGCAUGCACGAGCCCAGGUUGCUCUUUUACAUAUGUCACCAGGCACAAGCCACCUAAGUGCCCUACCUGUGGCAACUUCCUAGGAGGGAAGUGGAUUCCAAAGGAAAAGCCAGCCAAAGUCAAAGUGGAAUCAUCUUCGGAUGUCUCUUCCAACAGUUCUGUCACCUCUGAACAAAAUUUCUGUAAUGAAAAUGAUUCUAAACUGACUCUGGAGAACUCAGAAGCUGGAGGUCCUGGAACUCGAGGUACAGCAGUCACCAAGACACCGGUUGUCAAGAGUGUUGUGAAGACUGAAUUUACUCUGGAAACAACUGAGAAUGACAGCCCUCGACCAUAUGUACCACAAGCAGCUGAGGGGAGCAGCACCUCCAGCCCAGUCCCUGUGUUUAAAAAGCCUACGGGAGUUGACCUGCUCAGCACUGGGUCCAGAGCUACAGAGCUUAAAGGCAGAGCACGGGGAAAACCCUCAUUACUGGCUGCAGCGAGACCCAUGAGAGCCAUUCUGCCAGCCCCAGCCAGUGUGGGGCGAGGUAGCAGCCUUGGAUUGCCCAGGGCCAGGCAGACCUUUCCCCUGAGUGAUAAGACUUCUUCCAUGAGGACAUGUGGUCUGAAGCCAAGCACACUGAAGCAGCUAGGUCAGCCAAUCCAACAGCCAUCUAGCAUUGGCGAAGUGAAGCUACCAAGUGGCCCAAACAACAGGACACCCCAGGUGAAAGUUGUAGAGGUCAAGCCUGAUAUAUUCCCUCCAUAUAAGUACAGCUGCACAGUCACACUGGAUUUGGGCCUGGCUACAUCAAGAGGCCGAGGAAAGUGCAAGAAUCCCUCUUGUAGCUAUGUCUACACCAAUCGGCACAAACCUCGGAUUUGUCCCAGCUGUGGUUUUAACCUUGCCAAAGACAGGACUGAGAAAAGCACCAAGGCUCUUGAGGCAAGCUCACCACUGUCAGAUGUGCCAAGUGCCACGGAGCCCCUGAGCACAGCCCAGAGGGAGAUCCAGCGACAGUCCACGCUGCAGCUACUGCGCAAGGUCCUGCAGAUUCCUGAGAACGAAUCAGAGCUGACUGAGGUCUUUGCCUUGAUUCACGAACUCAACAGCUCUCGACUUAUCCUGUCCAACGUGAGUGAGGAGACAGUCACCAUCGAGCAAACCUCUUGGUCGAAUUAUUAUGAGUUUCCAUCCACGCAGUGCCUUCUCUGUAGCAGCCCAUUAUUGAAAGGGGGAAAAAACUCCCUGGCCGGGCCCCAAGAGUGCUGGUUGCUGACAGCUAGCCGGCUACAGGUGGUGACUGCCCAGGUGAAGAUGUGUCUGAAUCCCCAUUGCUUGGCCUUGCAUAGCUUCAUGGACAUCUACACAGGUCUGUUUAAUGUGGGGAACAAGUUGCUAGUAAGCCUGGACUUACUUUUUGCAAUCAGAAACCAGAUCAAGCUGGGAGAGGACCCCAGAGUGUUUGCAAACAUCGUGUUGAAGUCUGUGCAGGAGCAGACAGAGAAGACUUUGCCCUCAGAGGAGCUGGGCCAGCUGCAGGAGCUUUUGUGCAAUGGCUACUGGGCUUUUGAGUGCCUCACUGUUCGAGACUACAAUGAUAUGAUUUGUGGCAUCUGUGGUGUGGCCCCCAAAGUGGAAAUGGCGCAGAGGAAUGAAGAGAAUGUACUGGCACUCAAGAGCGUGGAGUUCACCUGGCCUGAAUUCUUGGCCUCCAGCGAAGUGAAUGUGGAAGACUUCUGGGCCACCAUGGAAACAGAGGUGAUUGAGCAGGUGGCGUUCCCUGCCAGCAUCCCCAUCACCAAGUUUGAUGCCUCUGUGAUCGCCCCUUUCUUCCCACCACUCAUGAGAGGAGCUGUGGUUGUCAACACGGAGAAAGACAAAAACCUGGAUGUGCAGCCGGCACCUGGCAAUGGCAGUGCCUUGGUGAGGCUGCUCCAGGAAGGCACCUGUAAGCUUGAGGAGCUUGGCGCCUAUGAUGAGCACGAACUGCAGAACCUGCUCAAGGAGUGUGGCGUUCCCUAUAGGGCGGAGGACUCCAGGGAUCAGCUCUGCCUCUCCUUGUUGGCCCUCUAUGAAUCUGUACAGAAUGGAGCCAGAGCUAGACAGCCCCCGCCUCAUCUCACAGGGGGUAAAAUCUACAAGAUGUGCCCCCAUCAGGUGGUCUGCGGCUCCAAGUAUCUUGUUCGAGGUGAAAGUGCUCGUGAUCAUGUGGACCUCCUUGCCUCUUCUCGCCACUGGCCACCCGUCUAUGUGGUAGAUACAGCCACCCCCGUGGCCCUGUGUGCUGACCUCUGCUACCCAGAGCUGACCAGCCAGAUGUGGGGAAGGAACCAGGGCUGCUUCUCCAGCCCUGCAGAGCCACCAGUGAGUGUGUCCUGCCCUGAGCUCUUGGACCAGCAUUUUUCCGUUGAUGUGAUGGAGGCGGAGCACUCGAUCCAGCACCCAGUCACCAAAACGACCACGCGACGCAUCGUCCAUGCGGGCACCCAGCCCAGUCCCAGUGACCCCAGUGCUGAACAUCACUCCUUGUCCUUGUGUCCCGAGCUGGCACCCUACACAAGCAUCCUGACCUCUAGCGCGGACAGCAAGCCCAAUGGCGUCCGCCAGCGGCCCAUUGCCUUUGACAACGCCACUCACUAUUACCUCUACAACCGCCUCCUAGACUUCCUCACCAGCCGCGAGAUCGUCAACCGGCAGAUCCAAGACAUCGUGCAGAGCUGCCAGCCGGGCGAGGUGGUCAUCCGCGAUGCCCUCUACCGCCUCGGGGUCGCUCAGAUCAAGACAGAGAUGGAGGAGGAGGGCGGGGAGGAGGACGUGGCCCCCGCAGCAAAGUAAGCCGCGCUGUUGCUUCCAUUGCACCGUCUCAAGCCAUAACGCGGCCCUUGCCCGAGGUGUCCCCCCCCAGGGACCUUCGGAAGCCGUUGCCGGCGGGAAAGGGCCUCUGACUGCUGGGACUGACCAAAGAGCUUCCACUUCCCGAGCCCAGCAGGGCUCAGGGGCUUUGUUCCUCAACCCACCAGGGCUCAGGAGAGGUGCCCGGAGCUUUCUACCGCGUCCUGAGCGCGCCUGGGGGGGUGCAGUGUUUCCGGGAGGGAGGGGGCAGGUGGCUGGCUCCUUGGGUGCCCUGUGGGUCAGGGAGGAAGGCAGGAGAAGGCACCGGGCAGGGAGGACACUGAGCUCGCCCCUCAGGGACCCUCAGGGACGCCCUGCUCCCACUCCAGCCACAGGAGCUCCUUAGCCUAUUGCCUUUGACCGGGGCCUUGGUGGCCUCAUUCACUCCACAGGUCCCUUGGGGCUCUUGCCUGCUCCCCAAAGAAUCUCUGUCCCCAUCUGUGGGGGGCGCGGAGGAGAGUGGAGCAGUCAGCCACAGCUCUCUUCUUGAGCUGUCCUGUGCCCUGAGCUUUAGGGAAGGUUAUCCCCUUCCUCCUCUUCCCUGGCCACUGCUGCUGCGCCCUGCCUCCUCUGGACCCUGGGACCCUCACCACAUUGGAGAUGUGGCCCACGGGUGUGGCGUAACCUGGCAGCAGCAAACUCCCUUCUGUGAAGGGGAAAGCCGCAGGGCUGGGAGGAAGCAGCAGGGCUGGCUCAGGUGCCCAUGGUUUGCUUAGGGCCCGGGAAUUGGCCGAAUGGUAUUUAAUUUAUUGAGAGGAGUGGCGUAGGUGGCAUUUUCCCCCUUUGAUCCUGCCCCUUAUGAGAAUAAAGUUUAUUAAAUUAUCUGGU